UUCGUUCAAACCAACGAAGAAGAAAAGCAUGCCUGUUAGCUGGCUAGUUUGUUUAGCAGGGAGAAACGUAUAUUAGCUCAUUUGAUCAUAUUUAGACAAAUUAAAUAUGGCGGGGACUGCUUCAGUAGCCGGUGAAGUGUUUGUUGAUGCUUUGCCAUAUUUUGACCAAGGUUAUGAUGCGACGGGUGUUAGAGAAGCGGCUGCAGCGUUGGUUGAAGAGGAGACCAGAAGGUACCGACCUACCAAGAACUAUCUGAGCUACCUACCCAUGCCUGACUUCUCUACUUUUGAGACAGAAAUUAUGAAGAAUGAAUUUGAGCGGUUAGCAGCUCGACAGCCCAUGGAUCUCCUGAGCAUGAAAAGAUAUGAGCUGCCAGCACCCUCAUCAGGACAGAAGAACGACAUUACAGCAUGGCAGGAGUGUGUGAACAACUCGAUGGCCCAGCUGGAGCACCAGGCAGUGCGCAUUGAGAACCUGGAGCUCAUGUCGCAAUAUGGAACUAAUGCAUGGAAAGUCUACAACGAUAACUUAGCCUGCAUGAUUGAGAUGGCUCAAAAGGAACUUCACAAAUUCAGGAAGCAAAUUCAGGAUUUGAACUGGCAACGUAAAAAUGAUCAGUUGGCAGCCGGAGCCAAACUUCGAGAGCUGGAGUCUAACUGGGUGUCAUUGGUCAGUAAGAACUAUGAGAUCGAGCGGGCCAUCGUCCAGCUGGAAAAUGAAGUUGCUCAGUUAAGACAGCAGCAAGGAGAUGAAAACAAGGAGAACAUCCGACAAGACUUCUAGGGCAGCAGUACGUUUUGGCUUCAUGACAGGACAGGCUGUUUUUUUAAAUUGUUUUGUUUAGUUGGUUUUGUUUUUUUUUUUUAUAAAGUGUACAUAAUUUGU